AUGGCCGAGUUCGUAACUGACAACCCCAACAUUUUUGAGGAGCUAGGAAGGCACGCCUCCUCCAAGGCAAUCUCCAAAAUUGCCUCCAUUUCCCGGGCGUUUUCCCGGGGACUGCUAGGGAAACGGUCCGAGGACCCACCUCGACGCCCCGGGGGCCUAGUUUCUGACUACAUGAGGGCUCCGCCCUUCACUGAUGACAUCAAUGGGGAGAUGGUACCCCCGAACUUUAAGCUUCCAAACUUGCACACCUAUGACGGCCGAGAUGACCCCGAGGAUCACCUCCGCGCCUUCAUCUCCGCAUUCCGACUCUACUGCGUCCCCGACGCUGUGCUCUGUCGGGCUUUCCCCAUCUUCUUACAUGGAACUGUCCGGAAGUGGUUCUGGAGUUUAGAACCUAGGAGUAUUUCCUCCAUGGAUGAGCUGAUAGACCGGUUCAUCCACCGUUUUGUAUCGUCCCGACCAAUAACAAAGAUUUCAGCUUACCUCUUGAACCUGCAGCAGGGUCAGGGCGAGUCACUUCGCUCGUAUGUUCAAAGGUUCAACGAGGAGAAUGUGCAGAUACCUGAUCAGAACGAGCAGGUAACCAUCGCUGUCUUCACCAACGGGUUAGUGGCAGGGAUUUUCAACACCGAAAUCCAUCGGGACUACCCCCGUACACUUCGGAAACUCUGGGAAAGAGUGGACCAGAGAAUCCGAAAUGAGGAUGUAAAUCGCAUGAAGCGAGAAGCCCAAGCAUCUCGUACGGGGCAAGAUCCCAGGAGGAGGAAAGACACCGGCCGAGCUGAACAAGGCCCCGGCAGCUCAUCCAGCCAGUUUUGA